UGUUACAUUUUUUUCGUACCAAAUGUGUCUACAUAACCUUACUUUAUUGACAUUAUCAUUGGUAAAUUACUUGUUUAAAUAAAAAUCCAGCAUAAAUGGACGUCCAACCUUCCACAGGUUGUAUUGUAAAAUUGCUUGGAGACAAUCAGACUAUUAAUAUAUCGGAAGUUGACAAUGAAAUGCCAAAUGUUAAACAUGUGAGUCGACAAGAUUUCAACCUUGAGUAUUUGCUGCACUCACAACAGCCGGAGGUUACAUCGCAAGUCAUACAAUUAACCGAGCAACAAGCGAUGUCGUUAGGAAUAAUUCCAAGUACUAACAAAUUGGACAAAUACAUCAAUGCAAGCGCAACUACAUUACUUAAAACUGUAGAGAGUAAAAGAGAUGAGAUACUAGUCAUUAAUCCUUUGGGUUCGUGCGAAAAUCCUAUUGAAAUUACAACGGAUGGUCAAUUGUUAAAUUCUACGCAGAACUUGAGUCCAGAACACUUGCAACAGAUAGCGCAAGCCCUACAAUUUACUGUUAAGCGAGAAGAGCAGAAAGACAUUUUGGAAAAUGCCCCGCCAAAUAUUUUUUAUAGAAUUAUGUAUCCUGAUGAAUUAAAUUUGAAGCCUUUUCCCGUUAAACCCGUCAAAAGAGGGCGCAAAAAGAAACAACCAGUAACAGAAGAAAAAGUUGACCCAAAAGAAGUUGAAGAACCUCCAAAGGUCACCAAGGGCUUUAGAACAAGAUCCGGACGUGUCACGCGACCCCCACAACACAUAAAGAAUGAUUUUAAAAAGAUUGAUACUACAGAAGGUGACAGUAUGGACACUGACGAGUUAAAAACAUUUGAUUUUGAAUCGCCUACAAUAACUGAAACCCCAGUAAGUUUUCAAGAGGACCGUUUGGAAAGUCACAAACGUAAACGAUCGAUUUCAUCUCAAUUUCGUUGUCCUAAAUGCAAAAAGGCCUAUUUGGGAAACAAUAAAAUGCUACAACAUUUUGAGAAGCAUCCCGAUCACAAACCAGCGUCCGACUAUUACAAGGCAAGAUACGAUGACACUUGGAAUUACCUUAUUGACAUUUCCAAUAAAAAUCCUGCGGGACAGAGAGGGUUAAAAUUCUGCCAAGAAUUAAUUAGUUUAUUGAAAAAUAUACGGUUAGUUGCCAAGUCCUUGUUUAAAAGUCCAACAGGUGUGGACAAGAAUUUGUUUUUCGUUGACAGUAUGUUAAGUACCGUGCUGGGAAUUGAUUCGGGUAAUUAUGCGCUAAACGAAAGUAAACUUCACAAAGAGGUACUUGUGCUCCAUCCUUGCAGCAGUAAUGCGGACAAUAUUACACAGCCUGACAACAAUCUUGUAAAGCCACUUGAUGAUCCAAAGGAAUCGACUUCCUUUAGUCCACCAUGCACACAGUACGAAUCUAACGGUGCUAAUGUACAGCCUAUUCAUUACAACCCUGAAAACCACAACUUUAAUUUGAACUGUGAUACUGUUUCAAAACCAUUCAACCCUGAUCUGAACCUCUUUAAUGAACCUUUGCAAGUUCUUAAAGAAAAGGCAAGUCCCAAUGUUGUACCUCAUCAUAAAAAAUCAAUUCACACUGAUAUUUCUUUGCAUGCAGAGUUACUAUCAGAUAAUUUGUUAAAUUCUUUGCCAAAUUUACGCAGCUCCGUAGAGGAGUUAAUUUUGAAUAAUGUUAAUAAUGGCCAAGAUUCGGUGCUCUUAGACAACAGUACGAGCUCCGAUGAAGUUAUGAACGUUGAUCAGUUUGUAAGCGAACGCCUGAAAAAUUUAACCGAAUCGGACUUGGAGUUGCCAAAUACUUUAGACUUACCGGCCUUAGAUUUAUUCCAGUUUCAUACUAGUUGACCAAAAGAGAAUUUAUAAAUGCGCAUUUUUAGGUUUAUACAGGGUGGGCGACUUUAGUUUGUAUGUUGGAUAAUUGUUGUCAGUAGAUUAGGCAUCUACACAUUUCUCACUCUGUAUAGUUAAUUUAGUUGUAAUUUUUUAUUAUUGUAUAUGUCAACUUAUAAGAAAAGCGGUUGUUUUCUAUUUUAAUUUAUAAUGUAUACAGUGUAUGCAAUAAAUUUAUUUUUUAAUUGA